CACCAGCAUUUCAUGUUGUGUCAUAAAGCUCAACCGCUACAUACCUUGUUGCUCCAUAUGCGGCAGUAUUCACAAUCCUGAAUGUGAAAUUUUUUUGCUCCUCCUGCGCUUUGCUUUGCACAAAAUACCCCAUACGUACAUUUCUAAGGUCCAGGCUCCGGAGUCUUCUGUACGCGAUUCCUCCUACACGACAUGCGCAGCCUUAACGUGUUGUAGCUGACCGUAUAUCCCUCCAGUUCUCCUAUCCCAGACGAUAUGAAUAGCUGUCGAAACGCAAAGAAACGUUGCACCUGAAAAUGGAUUCGGCAUCCUCUCGAGCCGACACAGUUCGGACGGCCAUCACAUCAGUAUCAACAUGCACGCCUGUCACCUUGGCUAUCGUGAAGGAGCUCCUCCAAAUCAACGAACAAGACAACGACACAUCUCGGCCCGCAUCGAGAGCCCGGCCAGCAAAGGCACCGCGAGCGCCAAGUAGAAUAGCACAAUGCAACCAGGGCAAUGGGGGGAGCCUGUCCCCGAGAGAGAGGGCAGUAUUGGCUACGCAAAUUAUCACCGGAAGCCUCAAGGCGCUGGGGGAGGCAGCAAAGGGCACGUCAAGUCCAAGUACACAAGAGCCGUCAAAGGAUGACUCGGUCAUGCCUAUGCCUCGGAAAGGCAUGCGACGAUCCAACUCGGCUCCUAUGCAACCCUUGCAACCUCGCCAACUAAACAGAGUCACAACAUCGCCUCCUGUCCAGAAAGUGCUUCGGUCACCCACGUCGAUCGCUACAUCCACGGGCUGCUUGGCAACGGUAGAGUGUGCGAGAGCUGCUUUUUCUGCAUUAAGAGCAUUGCAAGCCUCCAGGGCAGUUCAGCUCCCCGAAUUACAAUUGGAAUCUGGGAUGUCCUCUUUCGUGAACAGGCUCAUUGGGUUGGACCUGUUCGAUCAAGCAGCGAAGGAAUUGCGGAUGCUCAAACGACGCCUUGAAUCUAUGAAUAACGGGGAUGGUGCCAAGAAAGUAUCAACACGCUCAGGGCCAGAGACGAAUACGGCGUCGAAGAUGCUCUCUGAAUUGUUAGAUUACCCUGGCAUCACCACCUCCGGCUCGCUCCUCAACUUGGUCAUUUCCUCCCAGCUUCAAGCUCUCCGAAUCAUCCACGGCCUCAAGAAAUCGUCACAUCUAGAAAGUAUAUUGCCGUUACUGCGGGAAAGCUGCUCAUCGUCGCCCAUAAACCUGCUCAUGAUGUCCCUCAAGGAUGACAACCCAGACCAGACCAAGUGCGCAAAACAGUUGGAGAGCCUGUCUCAAAGCCUUCUCUCUCUAACGCCCGGCGUAUCGGCGAAAGAUGACGAUUUUGCCGUGGAGCCGAGGCUGUCCCCUCGUCCCGAGGUAGCUCUCGAGGUGCAGGCCCUCGGCCUCACCACGAGGUUGCAGUCCUGGACUGUGUCUGGUCACAGGGGAGAUGUGGACAAGGACGUACUAUCCCCCCUAUCAAAAUGCCUGGCGGCCUUCACGAGAAGAGCGUCCCCGAAGCACUUUUCUCUCGCGUCCUCGGCGUUUUCCCAGGUUCUGAAACGAGUCGAGAAACUAGGACUUAGGCCGGCCGAGUCUUCGCGGUCACCCUUGGCAGCAAUAUAUCAAGUUCUUGCUGGCGCGUCUCGAGAGUCUGGAAACAACGACGAAGCGAAGAAAUGGCUGGCGAAGUUGAAAUCCCUGACGAACCCGAGCGAAGAUUCCGCGGCCAAGUGCUGCUCGAUAACCGCCCAACUGUUGGCGCUCUCCCUCAAGCAGUCGUCUCAGAUCGACGAUAACCUGCUGUCGGAAGUCAUAGAUGGUCUGCGAGGGUCGGUCGGAGGCAACGGCAACGAACUAGACGACCUCCUAAUCAGCGUAUGUCUGCUACGAAAAUCGGUAAUGAACUUGAUCACGGCAAAAAAAGUCGAUCCAACCUCAGUUUCACAAGCCACGUCCAAGCUUCUCGAAGCCUUCAUCUUCCAAUUGCCACGUUUUACCCUUCGAUGGCUAGGGAAGCCUCCAAGCUCGACCAAGGCUACGAAGGACUUCCUUCGUUUCGAACAGCGUCGAGAACUCCUGUCGACAUACCUUCCCCACAUUCUCGACUCAGCCUUGAUGCUCUCGAAGCUGCUUCUGGACGAAGAUAAACUGGCGUGGGAUGUCAUGGAUUCAACACUUCAAGACUGCUUAGCCAUCUUAGAGAACAUGGGGGAUCUAGCUCGACCAGGCUCCAAAUGUAAUCCAUCGCCCUCCUACCAUGUCAAGAUCUCGCAUUUUUACUACCAGCAGCAUCUCGUUCUGCGAAAAUAUGGCUCUAAGUCGACAGAGACUACUUCCCUGAAAGCCCUAAGAAAAUCUAUCGACAGCGUCAAGAACCAGUCUGAAGCCGAGCAAACCCGAGCUCAGCUGCUCGUGAAAUGGGAAAGAUUUGCCGAGCUUUGUAGAGCUUCCGGUAGAGUCGAAGAUGCCAUCGACGCUCUUCGCGCUAUCAGAGACCACCUCGUCCGAGAAGACAUCGUGCCAACCAUCACUACUAGCUUAGCGACGCAGCCCUGGCUUGUAGCUUGGCAGCAGAAUUCCAAUAUCGAAUUGCUCUCGCGGACAGUCUGCAACCUUGCUAAGCUCGACCGGAAACACAACGACUGGACUUGGCUGCUGGUUGGUUCCGACAAAGCCACAGCCCUCGAGCAUGAUCUCUACGCCAUUAUCUCCAAGGAUUCCAGAUACCGCCAAGGCCUCGAUUUGUCUAACUCUACGGUCAAGUCGCUGUUAGAGUUCUACUCUGUCGAACAACACCCGAUUCGCAGGCUCCGGACUUUACUUCAACUCCUCACGAUGAACGUAGGGGCACAGACUGGGCUGGACGAUUUGCGAAAGGAAGUGGAGGCUGUUCUCAAGGCCAUCACGGAAGAGGUCGUCGGGGACGACGCUGGCUUGAUCCGUUAUACCCCCCACCUUCAGGCAUUAGCAGCAUGCGUAUUCGGGCUUCUCGACUCAAACAUAGACUCCCCGCAGGUUAAGAAAGCGCUUUCCGGUUGGAGAGACAUGAUCUCUAAAUGCCAAUCGGCCGAGCAGCUAGCACUUCAUAUCGACAACCCUCCACAACUCCUUACGAACCUGCAAUCCCUCGUGGACUUUGCAAGGAUCAAGGGGCUAGAAGCCCUCCAGACGGAAAUCCUCGAGCUCUCGAUAAACCUUUCCAAGGUCGCAGCCGAGAAUAAUCUUGAAGUCCUUAUAACCCAGGGUAUCGCGCUCUCUCGGCAGCAUCUCAGCCACGGCUGGUCGUCAAAAGCAGAAAAGCUUCUACGAGACAACCAAGAACUCAUUUCCCAGCCCGAGGUUGCUAGAGAGCUCGCGGUCAAUUUCCACUUAUCUGCCGCCGAGUACCACUUAUCCCUAGGCGCCCUCGACAAAGCCGAUCAGCAUUUACGCGAUGCCCAGAAUGCCGAGAUGGCCCUGUCUUCUGAGCCAGCUUCGAGAAAAGCGAAGGGUUCUAGCCGGAAAGUCAUGAUAGCAUAUGCCUACUCGCUAUGCUCUAGCCUCGCCCUCGAGCGUGGUGACUGUCAUCGCGCCCUACUCUUUGCCAGGAUAGCAGUGAAGAGAUUAUUCCACGAUUGGUCUAAGUUAGAGGAGAUGAGGUCCGCCAGCCAUGAGACUUCCCCCGAGGAUUCUACGCAGUCAGAUGCGUCAGAGAAAGACACAAGCAUGAGUAAUUCUUCCUUGGUCAAGGCGGACCUUACCCGGGCAAAUGCUGGCCCCGAGUUUUGGGCUUUGGUAUAUCCCUUAUUCCGAUUUCUACUUCAGCUCUCGUCGACGUACGCACAUGUAGGCAUGUACCAAGAGACACUAUACUAUGCUGAGCAGGCACAAAAGGUCGCGAAAAGCAUGGAAUCAGCAGCAUACCUCUCACAGUCCCUCACCUGGCUGUCGUGGGUGUGGCUCACUGCUGGCAAGCCGAAUAAGGCCUUGGAGCUGGCAUUGGAAGCAAAGCCUAUAGCUCUAGGAUUGGAGCCUACUUGCCAGAACGCGAAGGUGCUGUGCCAGCUCGGUUCCAUCUAUGGGGAGACGGAAGACCCAGAGGAGCAGGCAGAGUUGGUAGGUAGAGCCGAGUCUAUGCUCAAAUUGUUAAGCGUUGGCAGCCCGAGCCCGAGCAACGCAGCGAGCGAGCUAGAAUCGAGAAUGACAGAGCUCGACAUAAAAGAAAAGCCCGCCGUCAAGACCACUGCGCGCCGCGCCGCGACAACCAAGCCCACGAAGACAAUAGCGAGAGCUCCGAGCAGGAACGCCUCGAAGAAACCAGCAUCGAAAACGCCAGAGCCCCCAGUCGAAGAACCACCGCGCGCCAAGUCUGAGGAGAUGCAACUUUCCUUCCUACGCGCGUCCGUCCUGCAGAACCAAUCCAUCCGCCUCCUCAAUGAGAGCAAUUGGACGGCGGCCGUAUCUACCCUCCGGAACGCGCAUGAGCUAUCUAAGCUGCCGGCGGACGUCUCUCAGGCCUGCUUCCUGAUGGGCAUUGCGCUGAUCGGGCAGAGCCUGGAGCAGAUGGGGCACGACGCAAUAUUCUCCGUGAUCCAGGACUCGACGCUUUCGUUCCCGUCCGUGGCCGGGCCGGUCCAGGACAAGCCGCCGGCGGCGAAGGCUGCGGCGGUGGCGCGCAAAGGCCGCGGCCCGGCGCUGAACGCGCGCUCGUUCGUCGACAAGCUGCGCGAGGCCCAGGGCCACCUCCUGGCCGCCCACUCGAUCGCGAGCCUCAACGGCGACGGGCGCCUGGUCCACCGGAUCGCCAUAGCGCUGCAGAACGUGGCCAUCCUCCUGUCCAACACGAACCCGUCGCGGCCGGCGGCGAGCCACCCCGCGCACGCGACCUGCACCGUCGAGCUCGCGCGGAACCUGACCUGGCGCCGCGAGCGCAAGGCGCUGCACCUCGACAUGGCCCGCGAGGCGCGGCUCGACUGGCCGAUCGCCGUGGACGACGACGCGGAGGCCGAGGGCCGGCGCCACAGCCUCGGCUUCUCGCUCGACCUCGACCGCUUCGAGCGCGACUACGUCGACGUGAUCCCGCCGGCGUGGAACGUGGUCUCGGUGUCGCUGAGCGAGGACGAGCGCGACCUGUGCAUCACGCAGCUGCGGCCGGGCGCGGCCGGCGGGCCGUUCGGCAUCCGGCUGCCGCUCGAGCGCGCGAGCUCGCGCGACGCGGGCACGCCCGUAUUCGGCUUCGCGCGCGGCCGCGCCGAGCUGCGCGAGAUCGUCGACGCCGCCAACCGCACGAGCCACGACGCGCGCGACAUGAGCCGCAAGGGGGCGCGGUCCGCGUGGUGGGCCGAGCGCGAGGCGCUCGACGAGCGCAUGCGCGACCUCGUCGAGGCCGUCGAGGAGAUCUGGCUGGGGGGCUUCCGCGGCAUCCUGGCGCCGCCGCCGCGCCAGCGCCGCCGCCGCGCCCGCGCCGCCGCGCUCGCGCGCUUCCGCGAGACCUUCGCCGCCAUCCUCGAUAAGUACCUGCCGUCGCGGCGGCAGGUGCGCGGGCGCAAGACCAAGGCCGCGACGACGACGACCGCCCAGGCGCCGCCGCCGCCGCCGCGCGUCGGCCUCGACGAGCGCAUCUACGACCUCUUCGUCGGCCUCGGCGACGCGACCCAGCCCGGCCUGUACCUCGACGAGCCGCUGACCGACCUGCUGUACUUCGUCGUCGACAUCCUGCAGUUCCACGGCGAGCGCAACGCCUACGACGAGAUCGACUUCGACCACAUGGUGGUCGACACCUUCGACGCCCUGUACGCGUACCACCACGAGGUCGCCCGGGCCCCCGCCGCCGCCGACGACAGCGACGGCGAGGACGGCCCGGAAAGCGAAGACCCGCCGCACACGAUCCUCGUCCUCGACCGCGCCCUCCACGCCUUCCCCUGGGAGUCGCUUCCCUGCCUCCAGGGCGUCGCGGCGUCGCGCGUGCCGUCGCUCGCGUGCCUGCGGCGGCUCAUCCUCGAAGCGCGGCCACCCGCUGCUGCUGCUGCGGCCCGCAGCGGCCAUCACGCGUCGGCGAACUCGGGGACGUACAUGCUGAACCCGAGCGGGGACCUGGCGAGCACGCAGGCGACGUUCGGCGGGGCGCUGGCGCGGGGGCUGGGGCCGGGGUGGCGCAGCGUGGAGGGGCGGGCGCCGGCGGAGGAGGAGUUCGCGGCGGCGCUGGCGGCGCGGGACGUGCUGCUGUACUUCGGGCACGGCAGCGGGGCGCAGUACGUGCGGGGGCGGACGGUGCGCGGGCUGGCCAAGUGCCGGGCGGCGGCGCUGCUGAUGGGCUGCUCGUCGGCGUCGCUCGCGGACGUCGGGGCGUUCGAGCCGCACGGGCCGGCCCGCAACUACAUGCUCGCGGGCUGCCCGGCCGUCGUCGGCACGCUCUGGGACGUGACGGACCGCGACAUCGACCGCUUCACCGCGCGCGUCUUCGAGGAGUGGGGGCUGCUCCCGCGCGGCACGUUCGGCGAGCCGGACGCGGCCAAGCGCAACAAGGGCAAGGGCAAGGGCAAGGCGAAGCAGGCGGACCCCGACGACGAGGCAGACGAGGGCGCGGAACCGGCGUCCCGCGACACUAGCAGGAGCAAGAGCCGCAGCCGCAGCCGCGGCCCCAAUCAGGACAGGAAGAGGCCGCCGGCCGGAGACGCCCCGCCGGACGACAGCGCGAGCCUCGUCGAGGCCGUGUCCCGCGCCCGCGACGCCUGCCGCUUCAAGUACCUCACGGCGGCGGCGGUGUGCGUCUACGGCAUCCCGGUGUUCCUCGACAAGAGCGGGCAGUGAGCGGUCGCCGGUAUAGACGGGUCCGGGGGGA